AUGCUGGUCUUUGUUGCGCUAUCGUCCACGGUCAUUCUCACGAUUUGUUCGAUUUUCCAUCUGACAAUGAUGGCAUGGGAAAGGUACGUGGCCAUUCGAAAAUGGAUUAACUACAAAGUGAUGGUGACUCAAAGCCUUAUGAAAAAGCUCGCGAUCAUAGCUUGGGUAUCAGCACUUGUAACUGAGUCUCCACCACACUUCAUUACGGCGUUCGCAGGAAUGAUGAGGGACAAUGAGAGGCUUUUAGCUCUUAAAAUUUUCCUCAUCGUUGUUUCAAUUUUGGUUAUGUUUGCCCUGGGUCUUAUUGUAUAUUUUUAUGUCAUGGUGUACUUUGGAGAUCGCAAACGCAAAUUAAGUCAAAUUCGCCAAGUCAGCGAGUUAGUAAACGCAAAACACGAACGCAGAGUAGCUAUGACCAUUGCGUUGGUUACGAUUGCCGUAAUUCUUUCCUUCUUCCUACGUAUUCUUAGCGGUAUAUUACAAGGAAUUUAUCCAGUCUUUCGUCAACGUUUGGCGAUGCGUGUAGAGGACACAUUUUUGUAUCUAAAUUCUGUAGCAAAUCCACUCAUUUACUGCUACAGAGAUCGUCCUUUUAGGAACGCCGUGCUUGAGUUUUUGAGGAUUAGAAAACCCAAAGUAGAGCCCGUUGAAAUGACUGAUGCAGCGAGGUUCCGCGACGUCAGUCGUAACGACGUAUUUGGUUUGGGAAAAGAUGAGCUACAGAUACAAAAAGUGGAAAAACCUUUUCGCGUAACAAGAUCAACAUCAUGUGAUUUGGUGUUGUUUUCUGAUCAGACUCAUUUUGGUUUUCAUAACCUUUUGUCAGCAAGAACCUUGUCAUGUCCGUCUCUCCCGCCUUAUAAAUAAUAGUUUCUUGCAAAACUGAUUGCAAUAACUCUCCGGACUUGUGAUCGCUACAGCGAACUUGGCUUGUGUGGUCGGAAAAUUCAUGCAUGGUGUUAAAUGGUGUUAAUAAUAAUAUUGAAAAUAAUAGUAGUUAUGACAAUAGUAAUACUCAGUACGACAAUUAUGAGGAUUAACCUAAAGGAACUUUUCAAGAUCCAUGUAAAAGUUAAUUUAUACAACCGGAAGAAUUUUUCACUUCUCUCCCUCGAGGUUCAUGUGAAGUGUCUGUUUCUGCUUUCAGGAGGGUUUAGAUUUGGUUUCCUCCAAAGAUAAACGGGUUUUUUUUUCCCGACAGGCAGCAGACACUCAAUCAUAUAUUUAAUUACUGAUUACACCUGUCUUAAAAGGGAAUCCAUUAAAAGAUUGAGUAAUGUUAAUUUUCAGUGGACAAAAACCUUGUAACAGAAUAAUUUUAAGCAUACUGCAUUCUUUUUUACACUUUUCGAGGGCGAUAAAUGUAGAUAUAUUCUGUACACUUGGACAAAUCAGAUAAGUCCACAUUCAAGAUUCCUCGUUGGAGACAUAGGUGCCUUAUUCGCUCCCACUGCAAUGUAUAUGUUGUAGUUAAUUUUUUUAUCUCAGGUAAUUUUUGUUUUUCUUUUGUUUUGGCGUAUGAUAAUCUAUGCUAAUGAAGUUGAAACAAAGGAAAAAUAACUAAGAUAAAAAAUUAACUACAACAUUAAUAUUGGUAUGGAGAUUUUACAUACGGAAGAAGCUGAAUACCGCUAAAUACUCUUAGCUGAAAUGCAUAUUUUUCCUUCGGAAAAUAAGAACCUUUUAAAAACCAAAUAGCCUAAAUUGCGUAAAUUAACAUUUAUGUAAGAACCUGUUUUGGCGCCUUUUAACGGUAUUUCACCAGCAUGUAGAGAAAAGUGUCCCGAAAAUGUACCAGUUUUAAAGACACAUUAACAGUCUUAGUCAGCGGGCGUACAAGUACGUCAGCAGCCUGUUACACAACAGUGGUACGUACCCGAGGGGGGGGCUACUCCCUUCAAUAAGUUAUAUAGGUAUGUGUCACCCCAUCGGGUAAGGUUUUUGCUCCGUUCUCAGGGUCUGGAAAGAGAGUAUGCCUAAAGGCUAAGUCUGGAAACGAGAGUGGAUUUUAGAGGUCUGGUCCGUAAACGGGUGUGGAAAAUUACAUUUUUUUGUCUGAAAUAGGGUCAGGAUUUGGAGAACCGGGCGGCACACCCACACCAAGAAUUCCCAUGAGUACCCCCCCCCCGGGGGUAGGUAGUGGGUCAGAGAUAUACCUCUCAGAGACUGAUUUCACAACAGUUCCAACAAACUGAUGUCUGGUAUAGUUUUACAGAGAUUUUUCGAUUUUUGUAGAAAACUACACAUAAAAAGCUUCCCAUCAAACUUAAAUGAGAAGUGAGCGACGAUGUGCCGACGGAAGUGGAAGAUCAGCAUUCAAUCAGUGAAAAAGCUGAGCUGGUUUUGGUCAGCGGUAGAGAAUUUUGGUUGUAAUAGGUAGAUUUUGCGGCGUCCAGACCAUCUGCAUCUGUCUCUGUAAAUCGGUCGAUGAAUCUCCGACCGGCUUGAUAAAUACUUGCGUUUUUCCUGUCACUUUACUCUUUUCAGAGCGCGGACCUGAUCCAACUAACGCCGGACGUUAUGAUCGCCCACACUGGGGAAAAGUCGGUCAUUUUUGGUCCACCCUACGUAUCCUUUGCAUUUUUUUUCAUUUCUUGACCAGACCUACCAGGUAGACUUGUUGACCAGACAAUUUUAAGUUUUUGUUUGACACAAAAAGUCAAAUUAAAACGUCACAAGGGCUGACGUCACCAAAUUGAGUUAAUCUUUUUUUUUAAUUCCAACGUCAAACUUAUAUUAUCUGCAAGAGAAUUAGAUUGAGAGUAAAAAGCUGAAAACCGUUUCUCGCUAGCUAGGGCACGUAGAAGUCGAGUUAUGGGACUUAAAAGAUAUUUUAUUGCACCCCCCAGAACCAUAUUUCUUCAUUAAAAUCGAACCCUUUGAUAGAUUGUGCUGGCAUAAUUUUCGGCAUUAUUCGUCAUUACAAGCACAAUUUUCCAUUAUUUUCCGAAAAAAUUAACGAGCACUUUUGGCUAGUUUUGCAGCACAAAAAUAUCAAUUAUUAAUCCUAAUCAUGCAACAAUUUGUUUGGCCAGAGAUCACUGUUACAGGCAAAUUUAAGUGACAAAAAGAUUUUUAAUCGGAUUGACGAGUCCUGGGUCCUAAAGGAUAUUACCCAGGACUCUUUCUACAGGACCCAACCCAUGCGCAUAAUAAUCUUGAUUACCCAAGAUAGCGUCCGCGUUUUUAUCGUGGACACCUUUGUUAAACCAGAUACAAGCGACGGUCCCGUAGGUGUCCGUCUUGUAUACCGCUUUCACUGAUACCUUUUUUUCUUUAACAUUCGGGUACUUAACAGAAAAUGAGUGUGAUCUCGACCAAAGUGCGGCAAGGAUCAAAAAAUGAGAUUUGCUACCCUUUUUGCGUACAGGUUCAAUAGUAAAGGGUCCAAUCACGGUCAAGUUUGCGCGUGAAACAACCGCGCCAGAAAAAACGACCUUUCCUCAAAUUCGUGGUAUUACUUAUUAUAAAAUAAAUCCUGUGAUUUUGUGGGGAAUAAUGCAAGCUGACUAUUUAGAAAAUGGCAAAAGCGUGUGGCCGUGUUUUUGCCCUGGCUCUGUAGCGGUGGCGAUUUUCACCAUGUGCCUUGAAGCACCAUUUAGCAACAAAGAAUCAGAAAAUACCACAGCAAACAAUCAUUCCAAAUAAAAAUUUGGGGGAAGUUCAAUUCAAUUUGUUUUUGGCAAUUUUUGGAGAACCACGUAAAAGAUGAUAUCAAAUCACGCCAUCUUACUUCUCUGUGACCAACAGAAGCUGGCCUCAAACGUCCCUUUGCAAAACUGGCAACCUUGAGGCUUGAGGUCUCACUGUAUUAUCAUCUUUUUGUCUUAAGCAUUCAGAUGCAAAGGCAUUGCUUUAUGAUGUCCCCAGACCUUUCUCGGUCACCCAAUACCAAGAGACUUGGGAACGAAAAUUAGGCAUUUGAAAAGGAUACGGGGAGACCUGGGCGCUUUUGAAAUGAUGUGACUUCAUAACUUAGUAAUCUCCAGCCUCGUUUUGAUAAAGAGAACAAUAACAAGGUUGCAUCAUUUGUGAGAUGAGACCGGUUGACACCUUCACAAAAUCUGUCAUAAUAGGCUCUCUCAGUUAAAGGAAAGGCCCCAUGACUUACACAGAGUGGAUCAGGUUAAGCAUUCAAAUUUGGUGAAACGACUUCCUCGCUGAACAACAACACGAAAUUCAAUCUGUGGACAAUUUCGUUGGACUCUACCACUUGUUAUUUCCUCGGGGAAGGGUUAACUGUGAAUUAUUAAAAGUUACCACAAUGUUUUAUUUAUCUGAUGGAGUUACUUGCGAAAAGAAUUUGGUUUUUUCGAGAGCAAAAGGUUCGUUUCUCUCAACCUUUUAUGAAACAAACUUGAAAAUAUUCCUUAAAUCGGCGUUUUUGUAACAUUUCUUAUCGAAAACUAAAUAAAUUUGUCACUUUUUUUACUAAUGUUCAAGGCUGGUGGUUUUCUUGUGCAAUACCCGUCAUGACCUGUUCUCAUGGUUUGUUUCUAUUAUAUUGACCCUCGAGAUACACCAACGCCACGUACUUGAUUAUCUUUCCUCUUCUUUCCUUAUUAUUCUUUUAAUCGCCAAUUUCAAACCGUAAAUUUGCCCUUCAUGAGAGAUCCAACGUUCUAGAACAUUUCAUCGGAUAUACAAGUCAUGUGGACUGCACUUGGGUGGGUUUAGGUCUUUGAAUGCGUAUCGCUGUUAUUUUGAAGGAACAAGCAGUAGUUCCAACGAAUUGAUUUGAUUUGAUGCUAUUUGUUUUAAUUUUCUCCGUAGUUUAUACGCUUUUGGACCAAAUUACAAAGAUCUCAAAGAGUACAAGAAAUUGCGGCGGUAAGUGACGGCUGAAGAAUAAGAAACGUUUUAGAUUGAUCAUGUGAUUUACGGUUGAGAGGUUUUAUUUCCUGCUCCACAGUGAAAAAGAGAGAUGACAUGAGAUCUCACCUUUUUCUUCAAAGAUUUUUUUUUUAUUGCGAACGUCUUCAAGACUGCAGGUUUAAAACUACGUUCUUACAGCCAAGUAAAAACUACUUGGAAGUAGCGUUGAGAAAACGUGAUCGUCAUUAUACAAAUGAGGCAAACGAGGCCCCUAAAAUAGUGGUGGUAAAUAGCUAGGAAGUCAUUCCUUAACAUUUGAUCAAGAGAUCACUCGUUUAAGGUUAAAAAACCACAAGCUCCACGCGGCUUGAGUUUUGGGCUAGUUAUAACGACGAGCUCAACGGAUUAAUCAACCUUAAGACUUAAGCUUCUUGUAGAUUUAAAGAAUACAAAAACAUAAGGCGCUGUUUAGGAAAACAAGGAGCAGGUUCAAUAAUUUUAAGUCAAUGCUUCGUUCAGACCUAAAACCCAUUAAAGAGGAUACCGUCUAAGCUUUUAAAUAACUGAUCAUAUUUAUACAACCAUGACACAGUGAUACCUUUUAUGAGCGCAUGCACAUCUCUAAUGCGUCUCCUUAACUGAUAAAUUCAGGUUUGUUUCUUACGCUAAAACUGACAAAAAUGUGUUAGUUUAUAACUGUUGUGUCCUCGUAAUGUAGAGUGUCCGCUUAAUCAUGGGGUUUACUGUGUAUUCCAGUAAUAAAAUACGAAUUAAACUUGGUGUGUAUAAGUAAGCGUUAGCUAAGCGUUACAACGGUUUUGUUUGAAAGUACUAAAAUAUAAUGGGAAGAAAUCUUGACGUUAGUAUUUUAUAGAAGAAUUAUUAUCCAUCUACCAUUUAUCGUUUCAGGAGUACUACUUUUACUACUUUUUCUAGAACUUGGUACAGUAGUUGGGUUGCAAGCAACACAACGACUUAGUUGUUUUCUCAAUUACCUUUAAUUCGACGAGGUUCUAUUCUAUCAAGAUUAUCAACAACAAUAACAAUUUACCCCUACAGAGGUAAAAAAUGUUCUAUAACACUCUUCAACAUGUUAUCACAUACACUUAAUUUCAGCAACUGUGAGAGUGUCAUUAUUCUUUUCUUUGAUUAGGUAAAUCAGUACUACGAAAUUAGACUUUUUUGUCUGUGACUCGAACGUUUCCAGUUUAUCAAAGAUUCUUUUUUUCCUCGAUGAGAAGGAAAAGAUCAACACUGGCUGGGGAAAGCGCAGCAACUUAAGCAUUUGGGAUCUCUCGACAGAAUCUUUUUCUCUUUAUUUCACUGGUUAUUGAAUGAGAAACUCUGAUGUGAGCCCAACAUUCCACAAUUUCACGGGAAGAAUGUCACUAACUACACCUCGGCAGAAUUUACAUAUUCCAUGACUUCACACAGUAUGUGGGUGAGUUACGUUACGCCCGUGGUGUAAAAGUAUUCUCACUUAAGACCAUGUUGACAUCUACCAUGAAAAGAAAGUUGAAGUUCAUUUACAUAUUCCGUAUAUUUGGCACCUGCUAAAGUUUGCUUACAUCUAUAAGAUACAUAAAUUUAACGUCUGAAUAGCGUAAGUUCGCGUUCCUAAUGUGUUCCGCUCCGCUAUGGAAACAAGAAAGAUAAUUUAUCUGUUUGUCUGUUAUAAUUUCCUCGAUCUGGAUUGACACUGGAUUGAUCUUUUUCAACCUACGGUAAAUAAUUUGCUUUUGACUACACUCUUGAUAUUUGCGUUGCGUAAAAUCACAGUGAGGGACAGUCAGUUUCUCACUGAAUGUACAACGGAAAAGUUUGAAACAGGUUUGUGUUUUACUUAAGCCUAAAUUAUGUCACUUCCUAGUUUCAAGACGGCAAACGCAGAACUUAACGAACAUAUUAACAUUGGUUUUUUUAUGUAUAUCCCGGCCUUUUCUAAGCAUAUUCUUGGAUAAGAAUAUGCCUCUUUAUAAUUCAUAAUUUAAUUGAAGCUGGCUACGUCAUGUGCCCCCUGCAAAGACCCUACAGUUCUAUUAUCGCAAAGCGAAGAAGAGAGCAAAUCGUGACUGAAAUACAAGGAUACACUUGCAAAUUUAAGUCACUCUAGUAACUUAAAGAAAGAAUUGAAUUUUCUGUUUACCCAGCAACGAACUAAAACUCCAUACAAACGAAAUGUUUUAUUUUCUAAGCUUAACUUGGUAGCAUUACAGUUAAAGGAUACGAUAUCAUCCAAACAAAUUUUCAAGCAAUCUACAAAGUUGCGUCUGUGAUGCAACAUUGGCUUCAUGAACCUCGAUUGUGAGAUAAUUUCUAUCACUGUUUUAUUUUUGUAAAUUUGUCGAGACAAAUGUUAACUAAUCUAUCAGGCGGAUGUGGCUCAACAUGAGCAAAAAUCUUGAUGCUGACUGGAAUUGGUUAAAACUAGGUUUCGACCAGAGAUAUUUUGACUACAAGAGAUGCGGUAUAGUCGUUAAAAGAACAGCUAAUAUGGACUACAUUGAAAAUUUGCUGGAAAAUGUGUCUUUUUGUCUAAAUUAUGUUAGUUUUUAUUUUUGUGUUUACAAAUCGUUAACUUGCAGGUCGCAUCCAUAACAGCAUUUUAAGGACUUAGAAAGCAGGGACCGAAACUAAUCAAUACGUGUCGCAUUGUUGCUUAAACAGUGCAGCGCCUAUUCAGAGGCAGGGCUCUUUACAGUAAAAAAGGCAUAGGAGACAACAAAACACCCUGUAGAUGUGCUACUCAAUAUAAUAUUGAAGUUUUGAAUAUAUGAAAAUCAUAUAUGAGAACUGCGGGGUGAAGAAUUAUAUGAAAGAAGAUCAUCGCAGUUAUAGAGACAACUUUUGCAGUUGCGAAAAGAAAGCCUAAAAAAAAUUCAGGCUUUUACGGGAUUGGAACCCUUGACCUAUGCGAUACCGGUGCAGCGCUCUACCAAUUGAGCUAAAAAGCCAACUGGGAGCAGUUCUCAUAUAUGAUUUUCAUAUAUUCAUAACUUCAUCAUCAUCCUUUCACAGGUUAGCCUGCGUGCAGACGAUGACUAAACUCUGAUUAGUACCGUCUGCGAAGCAGCGCAGAGAGCCUUGUUCUGAACCCCCAACGGACUCAACGAAUUACCGGAAGUGCGUUUCGAAUUUCCCUUCAACCUGAUUGGCGAUCACGACAAACAAAACAAAGGCCUUUUUUAACUGGCCAAUCGUGGCGCGUACUCAAAUCUGGGUACACAGCUGGAAGUCCAGAACAAGGAUUUCGGCGCUGUUUCGCAGACGGAGUUAACCAGAGUUUAAUUUCGUCUGCGCGCAGGCUAUUCACAGGUUUAAUAUGAACCAACUCAACGACCUGCUCCCAGUUGGCUUGUUAGCUCAAUUGAUAGAGCGCUGCACCGGUAUCUUACUCAGCCUCAUUCAAUAAUUGUUAAUUAUUGCCAUUAUUACUAUUUUUGUAGGCGUCGCAGAAAGAAAGGUGAUAGAAGUGUUAUCAUUCCAGAACACGCGUUUACCACAGAUCAAAAAUAUCUCCCACAUCUGAGUGAAGUCAGGAUUCAAGAAGAACCCCUUUUACUUCAAGAUGGGUCAUCCGUUUCGUACGAGUCAGAAUUCACAAACUUUAAAUACUCAAUGGGAGGAAACGUCAAAUUCUACGAUGAACAUAUUGCUUUAAGUAGUCCGCGCAAAAAGAUAAAAACUCCAUCGCGUUCAUCUAAAACCUUAAACCAAACAAUGGAGAGCUCGUUGAACGCGUCGCCAGCAAAAAGCGCCAUGUCUGAGAAUUUUGGUAGCAUGGAUAUGACCCCAAGAGUUUUGAGCACACCAGACAAAAAAGGAUUGGAGCUUAACGAAUCACAUGGAAGUUCUGGCGCAAAGAAAAUCAGCAAUAAUAUUGAACAUAAAACGUUGGAUACCAGUUCGCAAAUCCAUGCCGCUUUGGAAAGGUUAAGAGUUAACGAGAAUGCAACUACGCAUGGUAGCAAAGCUAACACAACAUCCUCGAGUAUCGCUGAAAGCAUUGCAAAAGUCGACUCAUGGAAAACAGAUUUUGAUAAUUGUAAUAGUCCCUCGCUCCUCGCUGAAGAAGGCAUAGAAAAUGUAAGUAGCAAAACUACGAACAAUGUUACAAAUAUUUAUGACGCUCCUGUUUAUCAACUACAAAUUAGUACCUCUGGGAAUGGCGCGAGAGCACGGGAUUAUUCUCCUAUCCGUUCUAUCUCUGCGAGUAUGGACAUUCCGGAGCUAAGGGAUGACGAAAAAACUAGUGCGCAGUCUAAACCUUUUAACUAUGCUACCGAAAUAACUAAGGAGGGUGUUGUAGACGAAAAAGAUGCCGUAGUAAAUGUCGUGAACUCCAGGACUGAUGGCGUAAAUAACUCGCACGAUACUAAAGCAGGAGAUAUACCAGAUCCCGAAAGAAUGAGCCGGUAUAACAGAACCUUGCUAUACGUUAACGAGCAAAACGAAACACUGCAGAACGGAGAUUACAGCGAAUUAAACGUGAAUUUAUCAGACUUAAGUUCGGAUGUGUUCACAGAUAGUGAGAUACCAACAUCCGGGUUCUUAUCACAAUCACGUGACGGAAAGAGUGAUUUGGACUUUUACCCAGACUCUCCAACAACCGAGCAAGCAUUCUCCAAGACUCCAUGUAGUUCGAGGAAGAACAGUUUAGAAUCUUACAUUUCCGAUUAUAGCAUGUCUGCAGUCGACUUGGAUUUUAAAGCAGGAGUAGAGAAAAGUAAGUGUUUUUCGUUUCGAAAGGCUGAAAAACGCUUUUACCAGUGUAGUUAGUAUUCUCCUUAUUCUUGUCGCCGUAUGAAAUCCUGUGUGAAAAAUGCAUGGCUGGCCACGGUGGCGUCCAUCGUUUAAUUGUGACGGGGUUGGUAUUUUAAAAAACUAUUUGAAAACAAUCGAAUACCACGUUAGAAUACACCCUAUUUUGAAAUAAGCUGAAAGAGAUCUUCUAUUCCAAAAGUGAGUUAGAGUUAGUCAAAACAUGUCAAGUUCACCUGUCAUUUUUGGUUAAUUACUCUAAAAAUAUGUGACAGGUCCUGAGUCCACUGAAUAUCUUUAAUUUUCUUCGCUAUCAAAUAAUUCUCUCUAAAAAUUACAGAAAUACACAAGCUUGUUCCUAAUGGUGACAUGCAUUCAACUUCACAUACAGCAGAAAACGGAAAAACGAAGGAGGUAUGAGUGAUGAACAUCGCAUCUUUUUAUUCAUUUACUUAAAACGUUUGCCAACAAGUCAUAUUAAUCAAAAGUCUUUCAAUUACGUUACGAUGUUUUAAAACAUGCAAACAGUAGACAACAUGUGUCAUUCACUGACAGUUGAUUGGGUUUUCUUGAUACUUUUUGGUUGGACAAUAAUUUGCCCUUUAAAAACUUUUCAACGGCUAGGAUUAAUUUAACGCCGUUCCGAACAUCUGAACACACCUCAAUUCCUCUUAAUAUGCGAGAAGUGAUCGCGCUAGUUUGCAUCUUUUCACCAAUUCUUAACUUGCUUCGGUUAGCUAACAUCAAAUUUAUUUUACACAAGUGCUUACCUUUUUUCCCUUUUCUUUACCCUUUUCCUUAUGUUUUGAAAAUAAACUUCUCUUUUCUUUUCCAGCUGAAAGGUAAAAACAGUACGCCAAGUAUUAAAGCUAAAGUCCCAGGUAGGUAUUGAUCAGACAGAAAACGCUGAAAACGAAGAAAUCGCAGCCUCCUCACUCUUUUUAUAUAACUACAAUGAUUUCAGGUGAAGGUGUGCGGAAAUCUGACACAAAGAAAAUGGGCCUCAAGACGAAGGCAAAACCUAAAGUGAAUUCCUUCAGCAACAUUGGACAUGUACCUGGGGGAGGACGAGUUAAGGUAAAGACUAUUUACUUCUAGAACACGCAAUGGUGGCUCAUGGAUUCAGCUUUCAAGAAUUAUGCAAAUCAAGGGGAUGAGAACCUCCUCGAUCUACGUUAUUUUUUAUAUUAUACCAAAGCUAAAUCCAAUAAAUUUUCAAACACUCGUUUGAAAUAUUAGGGAACUUAAGAACCUCGACGAAUUUCACGACGACGACGUCUGUUGACCGGGAAAAGAGUGGAACGAGAACGUCAGUUUCGGCGGGAAAAAGGAAACUUAAGAUGCAGUCGGUCGGUAGGUCGACGACGACGACACUGAAUGUAAACACAAAUGUAAAACUGUGAUGUUCGUUCGCAACAAAGUUUUUCGCAAUGGCGUCUUUCAAAACAAUGCAAGAUCUUAUUUGUUCAAGCCGUACGUCUAAUGUCAUUGACGAUGAAGAAUUUUUUGUGUUGUCUGAGUGGAAAUACACCUAAUUUCCGCACGAAAUUAUUCAACUUUCAACUUGAAUGAGACGACCGAGUCCGAGUGUCUGUCAGAGUUUAGAUUUCGAAAAACGGACAUUCUGAUGUGAUAGCUGUUUUCCAUAUAAAGUUUAUUUCCUCUAUAUUAAAGAUAUAUGAUUUACCUUACCUAAAUACGUACAUAUAAAUUUAUCACUGACAAUUCACUUACGAGUUCGCUCGCUCGGCCUCCACAGCUGUUGUCAUUCUUCGAAAAUCAAUUCAUUAGUCGAAUUUUCAAUCAACAUCGCUUGUUAGGAGAAAAAGGAACGAUACCUGGAUUUAGGAGGAUAAGAAAAUGCAGAGGCCUUCAAAAAUCGCUUAAAGCAGUGGAUUUAUACCUGCCGAAGCUUGUGGAUUGCAGGACGACGUGAUUCUACUUUGUUUGGCGUCGUCGACGACACCACGACGACGGAAUUUACUGGUCGCGCUUGCGCAGUACACUGUAACUCACUUCCGGUCGUCGUCGACCAAGCCGUCGUCGUUAGGCUUUUUCACAUUCUGCCGGCAGAAUUUCGAGCAUAAUAGGGCCUCGGGAGCAGAAUAUAUGACUGGGGCAUAAUCCAAGCAGAAUAGGCCAUUUUUGGCCAUUUUGCAUAUUCUGGGGCCUGGGAACGAGUCUGAGAGGGAGCUGGGCACGAGCAUCCGAGAAAAACAAGAUGGCGGAACCGAACCCGCAACCGGUAGAAGUCACUGACCUACUAACCUAAUCUAGUGUUCAAGUUAGUAAUGUUAGCAGCUGUGACAGUGGAUGGACAAAGACAUUUCUGAUAUGGUUCAUGGUUGUCCCAAACUCUUUUUACAAGUUAUUACCCAUGUUCGUUUUAAGGAUUAAAUAAUAAAUGCGCAUAUGUUGGGUUAGCCUCACCCUGGAAGGGCGAUGUAAUGUCUUAUUUAUCAUGUUUGAGUAUUUUGAACCCAGGAAUAUCGAUUUUUACAGAAGCAUAAUUCGAGCAUAAUAGUACUUUUGGAGCAUAAUCUCGAGAAGAAUAGCCUUUUUUGGAGGCAAUUCUUUUGAGCACAAUAGCCUUUUUUUCGAGCAGAAUGUGUAAAGGCCUAGUCGUCGUGGUUCUUAAGUUCCCUAUUUCCAGCACCACAACAUGUUUACCUCUAUGUAAAAUUUCCUCAUUCAAUUAAACAUUUCCCUGUUCUUUGACUGUUUUUACAUGUAAAGGAAUGUUUCACCGAACAGAUUUCCUUAUCAAAAGCAACAUUCGUCAUCUGAUUACUAGCGCAUCUGAUUACUAAGCUAUUUCUUUAUGUAGCAAUUCGGCUAUUGGGUCUUAGCAUAGCGUCUCAAAUCAUCUACCAUUUUCAGAUUUGUAUGACCAUGACAGCUGAGCCACCGCGCCUUCUACUAUCUCUCUUCCUGUCGUUUCCUAGAAUUGUAUUGAUAUCGAUAUUAUAUUGAUAUAGGCAAAUCAGAAAUGGAUGAUCAUCUAAUUAAUUGCCUAACUAUGACCACCUUUUUUCGCUUGUAAAUUAUGCUAUUUUAACUUGCUAUCUCUAGGUUCGCACAGAUAAACUGAAACCCCCCAAGCAUGUUGAUCCCAGGACAGACACUCACAAUGUCGAGGCUUACAGCCACUUGCCAACAGAAUUUCAAGAAAUUGCAAAACGUCUUGCUAAACAAGACAGACAGCUAAGAGAGUCAAAAAUUAGCGGCAGUAGUUCGAGCGGAAGAGGUCGAACACGCUCGCGACGAUCAAGCCGCGGAUCCAGCCGAGCGGGUAGCGUCAGUCCUGAUCAACGAUCGACUUCAAAACCAAACUUUAGGUUAGGAAGCCUUUCCGGUUCAUCCAUGAAUCUGAAUACGUCAACUAACAGCCUUGCACAAAAUAAAGGUAACCUUUCUUCAACUCGCCGAGCCCCGAUCAGCCGGUCGCCCAGCAUUCGUUCCAGACCCACAACACCAAGUCUAAGUCGCUCACAUCCUGCAACGUUUGCGACGCUAUAUGAUUCCCGCUCACGACCUUCCUCAAGACCAUCCUCCCGACCGUCAUCCCCCGUUUCACAGUCUCGGAACUCGUCACCCACAAAUGGAAGGCGUUCGCGAGGUUCCUCGCCCGCCUCCAACAGGAGGAAAUCAUCAACUCUGAACCAAACGUCUUCGAGUACAAUCCGUUCAAAAGGGAAAAUGGCGAAUGGAAUAAGGGGACGACCGACCAAUCUGGUUGGACUAUCAAGCGUAGAAAUUGGCCUUUGUAAGUACUGUCAACUGACACUUCGGUUCAUUUGUAAAUUUAAUUCAAAUUUAAAAAGAGAGAAAAGCUCCUCGCUCUCUUUUUUCCAUUUUCUUGAUUAAUUUUGUUCACCCAAAUAGUCGAUUUGGCCAUAAAUCUGUGACACAAAACUAAGUCUCGUCAACGAGAAAACUAAAUCUCUUCGUAAAAGCUCUUCUCAGCUGCCUUUACACUAUUGAAACAAAUGAAUCGUUUUUGCCUUAGUGCUUUUUAUUUCACUUCGUUUCACGUUUGUACUUCAUUGAGAGUUGAUUUGUUUCCAGUGAUGAGUUUUGAUAAGAAUGUCUUUCUUAAUGCUUUUUUUAAAUCGGUAAUUAAUGAAAUUUUUAACCGCCGGUUUGUUUCUUUGCAGCUUCAGGAUCAGUUUUUCAAGUGAUUCCCAUCCACAAGUAGAAGUCCUCUGCAAACCUCCAUGAUUUCUAUUUAUUUGAAAGACCUCUUAUCCCAGACAUUGAUUUACGUUUAAUGAGGCACACAAACCCUACUAACGGAC